GUUUAGAAUAGUUUUCCCACAUCAGCCCUAGAUGUCUGUGAAAUUUCCCCCUUUCUCUUCCCGCUCCCCAUUUUUCCAAUUCUCCCGCCAUUUGCAAUCCUCCCACCAUUUUCCUCUCGCUUCCUUUUAACACCCUCGCGAACACCUUCAUUCCCCUGCAGAAAACCCUAAACCCCCCCAAUUCCAAUUGUUUCCCCAGCCCGUUACGAUUCCCAAUUUCGCCUUCUCCUUCAUCCGCUCGCUUUCAAUGCCCGGAAUUUGAUCCCUUCUUCCCCUACAGCUGCGACCAGUUUCUAGGGUUUCCUAUUCCGGGUAGUUAAGGAAGCUUUUGUAGAUGAAUAUUCGGUAGCGGCGAAGUUUGUAAUUGGAUUAUAGGCUGUGGUGGGACGAUGAGCGCUGUGAACAUCACCAACGUCGCUGUCUUGGAUAAUCCUGCCCCCUUCUCUUCGCCUUUUCAGUUCGAGAUCUCCUACGAGUGCUUGACUCCUCUUAAAGAUGAUCUGGAAUGGAAGCUAACCUAUGUGGGGUCUGCUGAGGAUGAAACAUACGAUCAACUACUAGAGAGUGUACUUGUGGGACCAGUCAAUGUUGGGAACUAUCGCUUUGUCUUGCAGGCUGAUCCUCCUGACCCAACCAGAAUUCGGGAGGAAGACAUCAUAGGGGUGACAGUGCUUUUGCUGACCUGCUCUUAUGUGGGUCAGGAGUUUGUUCGAGUUGGCUACUAUGUGAACAAUGACUAUGAAGAUGAGCAGCUAAGAGAGGAACCUCCACCUAAGGUGUUGCUCGAUAAGGUUCAGAGAAACAUCUUGUCUGACAAACCUCGUGUGACGAAAUUCCCCAUCAACUUCUAUCCUGAAAAUGGAGAAGGUGCUGCUGAGGAACAGCAGCCUGCAAAUGAUCAACCCAUUGAGGAUCAAAAUGAUCAAGCCAUUGAAACAGAAGCAACUGAUGAACCGCCACUUCCAUCAUCUCCUGAUCACUCUGCAGAGAAGGAGGAACCAUAAGCUGUCGUCUUCAGAUAAAAGUUGUAUUUUUUCCUGUCUAGGGCUUACUCGAUGGCUUUUGGCCAGAUACUUUCCUGAAUAUCUACAGAGAAGCGUCUCCUUUCAUUUUGACAGGAAGUUAGAAGGGUGAUAUGGGCGGGUUUGGUUGACUCAUUUUGUAUGGUGAACAGUCAAGUCGCUCAGUUGUGUCCUAGUAGGUUAAUGGAACCGUCUUAGUUUCUCGCAGCUGAAAAGAUGAAUCCUACUACCAAGUUUUUUGGUUUCUCCUUCUCAGUCAGCAGUACCAGGCUGUUGCUCAAGAGAUCCGCUUUGCCGGAAUGGCAUCCUCAAAGUCAAGGCUAUUGGUAGUAUUAGAAUUUCUGGCACCAUUAUCAAAAUCGUGCUUUCUUUAAAAGCUUAUGCUUUUUACACUUCUAAGUUAUCAUAAUACUUUUAUGUAAAAUUGUGUUUUUUAACCUUGAACUAGCUUACUAUCUGGACGGAGA